GAAAUUCAGAAAUACCAGAAAUCAACCAAGACACCUACAUAUCCGUAUGUAGCCAAGAGUUUAAACAUUAAAAAUGAAGUCAAAUGAUCUUCCUACCCCUUUCUCUUAGCUAAUAACUUGAUGAUCGAUCCUAUAUAUCACCUUUAGUUGGUUUAUAAUUAUGAGCCGAUCCUAUCCUUCAUACCGCAUUUACACUCCUUUUCCAACAGCGUUUCCAAACAUUUUUCUCGUGUACCGGACCCUGAGAUAAGCAUCAAUGCCUGGAAAUUCUCGGUGGAAAUUCUCAACUUUCUUCUUUUUUCCAAUAUGAAUUAAGUCUAACAAGCCAGUUUACAUAUUUCUUGAAAAACUUGCAAAAUGGAAUCACCAUUUCCAAAGUCGACAUCCAUCCCUGGAGAGGGUCGAAUAGUUGCCAAGCUCACGCCCAACAAUGUCUCAGCGCUUGAGAGUAUGACCUACCAAUAUCCUCUCAAGCUUAUAUCGCCUGCUUCUGCUGCUGAACAGGGAAGUGUAUUGGUGUUUCUUUUGUCAUACGGUGGAGGCAUUGUUGGCGGUGACCAGAUCAACCUCUCUAUCGACGUUCAACCAAGGGCAAGGCUCAGCAUCGUUACUCAAGGACAUACCAAAAUAUUUCGGCCUACGAAACCAGAUACCGUUUCAAGACAAAACUUGAAAGUCGAGAUCAAAGACGGGGCUGCCCUCUGUCUCGUUCCAGAUCCUGUUCAACCAUUCGAAGGUAGCGUAUACGAGCAAAUUCAGACUUUCAAGUUGACCGACGACGCAUCUCUAUGCUUGUUGGACUGGGUCACGCAAGGCCGUGUUGCUCUAGGCGAAAACUGGAGUCUCAAUCGAUGGGUUGGGCGCAAUGAAGUCUGGUCCAUCUCCGAUGCUAAAAUGUCCAAGGAUCGGCUUUUGGUCCGUGACAAUAUUAUUCUUGAUAGUAAAAACAGACCUGCGGGGUCGCCCUCACUUCGAGAGUCGAUGUAUGGUCAAGCUAUCAUGGGAACUUUGAUUCUUCGAGGCCCCAUGACUGAAUCCAUGGGCGACUUCUUCCUGGCCGAGUUUGCCGCGCUGCCACGAUUAGGUGCCCGAGAUUUCCGUAGUGCCGAAGCACGUGAGAAAGACGAAGCGACACCUCGAUCCCCUCUCGAAAGUUGGAGAGCCAGGAGGUUAGAGGAAGAGAGAGAGAAGCAGAUACUUUGGUCAGCCGCCAACGUACGUGGUUGUAUCGUGGUAAAAUUUGGUGCCGCGACCGUUGAAGCUGCUCGAAACUGGAUAGGGUCGAUGCUUUAUCAGGAAGGCAGCAUCGAAAGACACUUUGGCGAACAAGCACUAAUGUGUGUUCGAUGAUGGUCCCUUGCAUCUUGAUGGGGUUAUUAAGGCCACACGGAAGCAAAGGACCUCGUACAGGACGUAUCCAUGCCCUACCUAAAUUGGAGUAAAGGGCAUUGUUUUGUACUUAUGUUAUGGGGGAAAUUUUGGAAGAUCGUCGAGUUGCGCAUUUACGCCUUCCUACCUGUAUAGGAGGUGUACAAAAAGCGAUGGAGUUCAAAUAACAGAAUAAGAUCAUUCAGGGUAUAAUACCC